GUUAGCCCCGCCCUAAACCCUGACGCCGCUGACCCCGGAAGUGACGAUGCGCAGGAUGGCGGCUCCAGGUUUGGUGGGCCCCAGCUCCUCCCGCGGGUGACAGUGCCAUGACAUGGGGUAGCCUCGAUUCGAGAAGCGUUGACCCAAGAGCGGAUCCUUGCUAUGGAUAGUGCUAUCACUUUGUGGCAGUUCCUUCUCCAGCUCUUACAGGAGCCACAUCACAGCCAGCUUAUCUGCUGGACAUCGAAUGAUGGAGAAUUCAAACUUCUGCAAGCCGAGGAAGUGGCCAGAUUAUGGGGAGUCCGCAAAAAUAAGCCCAGCAUGAACUAUGACAAACUAAGCCGAGCACUUCGCUAUUACUACGUGAAAAAUAUCAUUAAGAAGGUAAAUGGACAGAAGUUUGUAUAUAAGUUUGUCUCUUAUCCUGACAUUCUCACUAUGGACCCACUUACUUUGGCUCGUGGGGAAGGUGAGAUGGAAUGUCGACCGUCUGAUGCUGUUGCCUGCCUGAGCUGGGAAAAAAAGAACUAUGACAAGGAGCAAGCUCCAGCCCCUCCCAUGAAAUCCUCUGGACGUAAUGACUACAUACACUCUGGUCUUUAUACCUCUUUUACUCUUAACUCCUUGAAUACAGCUGGAGUGAAACUGUUUAAAACUGUACAAGUGGAAAAUCCUGGUGAGAAGAAAAGUGUUCAGGAAUCCCCAUUAUCUGUGAUAAAAUUUGUGACAAUGCCAAACAAGAAUCCUGAGCCACCACCUCAGGUUCACUCUCUCCCUCCCCCACCUCCUGACUCUCAUGAGAAGCCAAGAGAGUCUCCACCAGAAAUUCCUGUAAAAUCUACAAUAUCACCCCUGGCCUCUUCAGUUUCCACAGUCUCUGAGCCCACAGAUACAACAUCAACAGCCAUAGAAAUCGAGGUUGAUGCUGAACUGGAAACUGAGAGCUCUCAGUCCUUGGAUUUUUCUCAUGAUGUUUCCAUGGAGGUGACAGAUCCAGAACCUGAACCGGUUUAUGUACUCGACAUAAAAAACACAUCAAAGUCUAAAAAGCCAAAGGGGCUUGAGUUGGCUCCCACUGUGGUCAUCACCACUAGUGAUUCCAACCCUCUGGGAAUCCUUAGCCCUUCACUAGGGACAGCUUCUCUAACACCUGCAUUUUUUUCUCAGCUUUUGCCAGUGGAAGACGAGGAGUGGAACGGAAACUGCAAGAUGGAUGUGAGAAGUCUGAGUAACACUGAGCUCAAGGAACAGCUGCUGAAACGCGGGGUCAAGCCGGGUCCCAUAUUACCAACCACAAGAAGUAUUUAUGAGAAGAGACUGCAGCAGCUGUUGAAUGAAGUGCCAGAACCGACUGAAGAGAAAAGACCAGGCAACCAGGAUCAGUAUUCAGAUAGCGAAGAUGAAGGUUUUUUAAUGAAGAAGAAAGAAGAGCUGAGAGGUGAAAAUAUGGCAUCUGAUGCAAUGCAGAACAACAGACAAACAAAAGUGUUUACAGUGAAUGUCCCAGUUCCCAGACGCUCGUCUUUAUCAAAUGGAUUUUCUUCAAGACCUCCUCCUGGCCCAUACAAUCAUAUCCCAGCAUCCCUUGCAGCUGAAUACAACCAGAACUUGGCAACACUAGGGGAUGAGUUCACUGUAACUAGGAUACUUAAGCAGAUGGAGAGGCGGUCUUCUAUGGAACAGGCUGCGUUGUUCAAGAAAGAGAUGAAUCAAAAAAGCCAGGAAAAGAUGACUGCGGACAAAAACACAAUGACCUACAGAUCUCCAGCAAAUACCCCAAAGGCCUGUGUGUUUAUGGCGCAAAGCAGACCCAAGACUGACGACAGCACUUCGGAGGACUUUUGUGAAACUAUGUCCCAAUCUCCUCUUGGACUAAGUGCAACCCGCAGAAAGCCAAUAAAGGGUGCUGCUGGGCGACCCAUACAGUUCCGUUACGAUGACUUCGCCACUAAGGCUCAGAUCCAAGAGAAGAUUAAAGCCACACCAACUGAAAAAAGUGCUAGGCGUCUGAUCCCAGUGCCACUGCAGAUAGUUAUUUUUAUUGUGGUUGCCUUUCUUGCACUGGUUUUCUUCACCUUAGAAUGUAGCCCUGAGAACCCGUUUAGAUCACUUGUAGAAGGCGAUGCCACUGCGCAGCAGCCUUAAGGUAUAUUUAGAGCAUUAAUGUCAAGGAUCAGCCUCUCCUAAUGGAACAGUAAGCUUAGCUUUGAAAAAGUGUUGGAUACAUUAUACUAUAAUUUAUGAAAUGGAUAAACUGAGUAAUCUCACCUUUACUUAAAUUACCUGGCAUAUUCAAAUAAUUUUGGUUCCUGGUAAAACAAUUUUUUUUUUUUUUCCCUGUAUUUAUUAGCGUUACCUAUAACACACUCCAUCCCUACAUCUACGUGCUUAGCACUAGCUGUCUUGGUGGGCAGGUAGUUGCUUCCCUGUGGUGGAAUAGGUACAAUUCCUAUUACUUCAUUAACUGAUAUCCACCCCUUUGGGACCUUUCAUAGAGCAAGUGAAAAGCUAGCAAAUCAAUAAUGUGCCACUUCAUUUUUUUUUUCCUACAUAGAUCUGCCUGCAAAAAAAGUAUUAAUGAAAUGCUGUGUUCAGUGGCUGUACAUUUCAUCCGUUGUUGCUCCAGUGUAGCCUAAUAAGCUUUACAUUGCAUAAAAAAGUGCCUUAUGCAAUCUCCAUUUCAUUUUUGAAAACGUUUUAUCUUCUGUACUGCUUAGUACUAUAUCACACAAUUCUAAUUGUCUGCUAUAAUAAGUAAGAUGUACUACAGUAAAAGAGUAUUGGCAGAUAGUUAUCACUUUAAUUAUUUAAAUAUUAUCUACCUCAUCUCUUUAAAGCAGGGAACGUUUGCUUAAGAAGCACUUCCUUACACUGGGUUGCAGCUUUGUGUCAGGUACUAUUUUAUUUCAUUUUGAAAGUUGUAUGUUUUUAAAAGUUGCUCACUAGAUAACCUGACCAGUAGGAGUGACAACAAUGCUCUGGAGAAACUGCAAUGUUUACUUGUUCUAUCCAUCCACACUAUAAAUGGCAAAUUGUGGUACUUGUAUAGUCUCUAUAGUUAAGCAGUUAUAGAAUGCACUUAAAAGAAUCCAAAUAAACCAGUGUUCCUAUAAAAAGCUACAUCCUCAUUGCUGCUUUAAUGAAAAUUUAAAUGUGACAUGGGGUCAUAUUACUAAAUGUUUUAGUUUUUACAAUGACUAAGAUGUAAUAUAUGAAAAACAGCAAGCCACUCAUGUUGUUGCCACUGAAUUAGAUCAUUUACCCCCAUAUGCAAUAAAAGGCACUGUUUGCCCAGGAGCAGUAACCCAUAGAAACCAAUAAGAUGUUUGCUUUUAAAGAAGUGAGUAAAUUCUACCUGCUGAUUGGUUGGUAUGGGUUACUGCUCUUGGGCAAACUUGGCACCUUUUAUUACAUUACCCCCUAAAUAAACCAUUGGUUAGAUGAUUUCCCUUUAACAACAUAUUUCUAUAGUUUAACAUCGUUAACGGCCCUUUAGUAAAACAAUCAAAGUUACAAUGGAAAUUGUGUUGCAUUUCCUGCAAUACUAAAUGCCUGUUCCUAUUAAUAGCAGUGUGUCCAUUUCUGUAACUGUAUGUCAAUAUAUGCUCCUUUCAGAAUCCUGGUUACUGCUAUACUGACAAUAACCUCCCACAAGUUUAGGUCUACUAUCCCAUUAGUGGCCUACAGGAGGUGAUAAUGUGAUGUGGAAUCUUUGACCUGAUCCAUAACUGAGAUGAGUAAAAUAUCCGGUUUCCCGCUUUGUGUGCAUUAUAACCAGUUCAUUUUAGAGUAGAGCAGCCAUGUUAGAAUUAAAAAAAACACUAACAGCAUGUUGUAUAGUCAUAUUGCUGAACAGGCUGAAUCAAAGCUCUGUAGCACCUUUUCUCUUUAUUGUUACAGAACCAUGUGUUAAUAUACAGGUCCAUAUGCUACCUAGUAGUUUGCGAAAUCCCUCUCCAUUUAAUCGUUUUUUCAUUGUUGUGUACGUACUAAGUUAUUUCAGUCUGUGUUUAAAUAAAGUGUUUAUUUUCCA